AUGCGGGCUGGUGGUGUGAAGCUGAAGGAGAUAUCGUACAUUGUACUCGCUUCUGUUAUUUGCGAUGACGAUCUGGUGUGCGAGCACGGUGUCGUUGACGAGGAGAAUUGUGGAUGUAGUUGUAGCAGUGGAUGGUGGGGAGAUCGAUGCGAUGAUAAGUGUAUAGAUGAUCGUGGUGAAAACGCGUGCAAAGGAUAUGCACAUCUCUGCAACAACACGCAAUAUUCAAAUUUUGUUCGGAAAAACUGCGCCGCCACGUGCGAGUUCUGUGAAAAAUUUGGGCCUGGCUCCGAAGGUUUCAUUUGUGAUCUUCGAUGCUCCGAACCGGGAGGAACGGUUAACGCAGUAACAUGUACGUGUGAAUGUGCGAGUGGCUGGUUUGGUGAAUUCUGCGAGGAUAAGUGUGAGGAUACGUCUUCAAACUGUCAGAAGUGGGGCGUGGAACAAUGUGCUACGUCACAAUCAGUUAUUCGUCGUUGUCCCGCUAUGUGCGGGGUUUGUGAGGAAUUCGGUCCUGGAUCUCCAGGAUUCGUUUGUUUAAAGGACUGUGUCAAUGGUGGAACGUUAAUCGAUACAGAGCAUGAAUGUCGGUGCUUGUGCGCUAAGGGCUGGGAAGGAGAUCAAUGCGAAGUCAUGUGCAAGGACAGCGUCAAGAAAUGUCAAUAUGACGUCAACAAGCUAAACGGAGGCUCAUACUACCGAUAUGACCAGUGUUUCAGUGAACCCUAUGUUUAUGAUAAAUGUCACGAAAUGUGCGGAAGAUGUGAGAGUUUUGGGCCGGGGUCUCCUGGUUUUACAUGCACGCUGUCCUGUCUCAACAACGGUACACUAAUCAACAAUGCAACUCAUUGCUACUGCCAGUGUACAGACAAUUACAUCGGAGUUAGAUGCGAAGCUGAAUGCAGAGAUCUGAAGAAGCGUUGUGGACGGACUCGGGCUUCUGACUGCCACAACCCGGACUAUAUCCCUUACAUGAAACAAAACUGCCCUGUCACAUGCGGACUUUGUCAUGAAUUGGACACAAGCUGGGGUGACUAUUUUCUUGCAAAUGCCGAGACACCACGGAGCGCUGAUGAACUCCUUGAGGAGAGAGCCCUCAACGGCAAAUAUCGCACUCAUCUUGGUGAGGGCAUCGAGGUGGUGUUUCUAAUAGAUAAUUCAGCCUACUUCUACAUCUACUUCUGUAACUACUUCUACACCUACUUCUACAUCUACGUCUACAUCUACUUAUACAUAUACGUCUACUUCUACAUCUACUUCUACUUCUACUUUUACAUCUACUUCUACAUCUACGUCUACUUCUACAUCUACGUCUACUUCUACAUCUAUCUACUUCUACAUCUACUUCUAUAUCUACAUCUAUUUCUACAUCUACGUCUUCUUCUACAUCUACUUCUGUAA